AUGUCUCUGGUUAAACCUACUGCGCAUCUGCUCGUGUACUCGUUUGCAUUUGGUGGGACGGCGUUCUACUCGUACGUGGCGUCGCCCAUCGCCUUCAAAGUGCUCGCAAGGGACCAGUUCUCGCUACUGCAGAACAAAGUGUUCCCCUGGUUCUUCCGGAUGCAAGCGAGUGUGCCCGUGUUGCUCGCAUUGACUUCCCCCGUGCAACUGUCCUUGCUCGGGUGCUCCUCACUCGGUGCCGCGGCGGUAUGUGGACUCACUAACUUGGCCUGGCUGCUCCCCCGGACGCAACGGGUGAAGUUGCAGAGACGCGAGUUGCAAACCGCACAACUGUCCCCAGCAGAGCUGGAGGCCCGCGAUGCACCCCUCAGGAAGGAGUUCGGGAAGUCGCACGGGCUCAGUUUGGCGUUCAACAUGGGGAACACCCUUGCCAUGCUCGUGUACGGCGUGCACUUGGCGGGAGCACUCAUCAAGUACAUCCCCAAGUGA